AUGAGCCUCGGGCUUCAGGCGCUUGUCGCCGCCCUGCCGAUCCUUGUCGCCGGCCUGCUUCUGGUCGGCCUGCGCAUGCCCGCCCGGUCGGCGAUGCCGGUGGUCUAUGUGGUCGCGGCGCUGCUGGCGCUGUUCGUGUGGCAGGUUCCCGCCCUUCGUGUCGUAGCCGCGUCUCUGCAGGGGCUGGUCAUCACCUUCGACAUCCUGCUGAUCGUCUUCGGCGCGAUCCUGCUUUUGAACACGCUCAAGCAUUCGGGCGCGCUGGCGGUCAUCAAGGACAGCUUCUCGGCGAUCAGCCCGGACCCGCGCAUUCAGAUCGUCAUCAUCGUGUGGAUGUUCGGCGCCUUCAUCGAGGGGGCGGCCGGGUUCGGGACGGCCGCGGCUAUCCUGGCGCCGCUGCUGGUUGCACUCGGCUUUCCCGCCAUGGCCGCCGUCAUGCUCGGCAUGACGCUGCAAUCGACGCCGGUGACGUUCGGCGCGGCGGGCACGCCCGUGCUCGUCGGCCUCGCCGGCGGGCUGGACGGGCCGCAACUGGAAGCGCUGCUCGCCGAAAACGGCCUGACGCUUGCCGACUAUCUGCAACUGGUCACCAAUCAGGUCGUCAUCUUCCACGGUGUGGCGGGCCUGUUCAUCCCGGUGUUGAUGGUGCUGAUGACCACGCGCUUUUUCGGCGCCAACCGGUCGUGGCGCGAAGCGCUGCCGGCGGUGCCCUUUGCACUGUUCGGCGGCGUGGCGUUCGUCGUGCCCUAUGCGCUGAUCGGCUGGCUCUUGGGGCCGGAGUUCCCGUCCAUGAUCGGCGGGCUGGCCGGGCUUGCCGUGAUGAUCAUGGCCGCGCGCGCCGGAUUUCUGGUGCCGAAGUCGCUCUGGACGUUUCCGCCGCGCGCGGACUGGCCGGUCUACUGGCUGGGAUCGGUGCAGGCGGAUACGGGGGAGGCGCCGCCCGCCGGCACGCGGCCGUCCCUGUGGCGGGCCUGGGCACCCUAUCUGCUGAUCGCGAUCCUUCUGGUGCUGACGCGUCUGCCGGCGCUUCCCUUCGGCGACUGGCUGAAGUCGCUCCGGAUCAGUUUUCCCGACAUUUUCGGCACCGGCAUUUCGGCGGCCAGCACACCGCUCUAUCUGCCGGCGACGGUUUUCAUCGUCACGGUUCUCGUCACCUUCUGGCUGCACCGGAUGCGGCCAUCGGAGAUGGCGCGUGCCUUUGCGGAGAGCACGCGGACGCUGCUCGGUGCCGGUGUCGUCCUGAUGUUCACGGUUCCGAUGGUGCGCAUCUACGUCAAUUCGGACAUCAACGAGCUGGCGCUCGCCUCGAUGCCGCUUGCCAUGGCGGAUUGGGUGGCGCAGUCCGUCGGCGGUGUCUGGCCGCUUUUUGCGCCCUCGAUCGGCGCGCUUGGCGCGUUCAUCGCCGGCUCCAACACGAUCAGCAAUCUGAUGUUCGGCGCCUUCCAGUUCGGUGUGGCCGGGCAAUUGUCGAUGCCGACGGUCACCGUCGUGGCGCUGCAGGCCGUCGGCGCCGCCGCCGGCAACAUGAUCGCCAUCCACAAUGUGGUCGCCGCGUCGGCGACGGUCGGCUAUCUGGGCCGGGAAGGGCAGGUGCUGCGCCUGACGCUGGUGCCGACGCUCUAUUAUGUCACGCUUGUCGGCCUGAUGGGGCUGGUGGCGGUCGGCGUGGUAUCGACGCCGUGA